AAUCCAAAUAUUCUAGAUAAUUUGGUCAUUAAAGAGUAUUCUUUUGGUUCUGGUGAUGCCAUUCAAACUAAACUUGUAAACUGUGCUGUUGAUACUACCCUUCUACAAAUCCCAAAACCUAUUGAUGGAUAUUUGUACAAAUCAUUAUAUUGUACAAAACAUAAAAUACAUGGCUAUAAAUAUGAAGCUGUAGUAGGUUUGAAGGGGGAACUACUAUCACUAAGAGGUCCAUUUCCUGGUAGUCAACAUGAUGCCAGUAUUUACUCGUCUAUUGGGAAUGAAAUUGAUCAUUUACUAUCUCCGUCAUAUUGGAUGCUGGGAGACAAGGGUUAUAUUGGUGGAAAUAGAAUUUUUGCACCAAAUAAGAAAUUGUCAAGGAAAGAGCCAUCAAUAAGAAACCCAAACAAAACUAUGAAAGUCAAAGUUCCGUUUACACCAGAACAGAAAGCAGAAAAUUCUUUUAUCAAUUCCAAUCGUGCUGUUGUAGAAAAUUAUUUUGGGAGAAUUAAAAAAUUCCAUUGCUUUGAAAAGGCAUGGAGGGGCUCAAAAGAAAAAUUGGAUUUGGCUUUCUUGGUUGUUAACUAUAUUGACUUAUCAAACAACGGACCGUUGACAACAGUGACAACGACACCGAAUAUGGAUUCAUCUCAAUUACUUACGUCGCUCAUUCUUGCAACGAAUGCUUAUGCUGGCGUCCUGAGAGCUGAUCCUGUUCAGUGGAAGUUUCAAAUCAACAACCUCUGGAAAAUCUAUACAUUGAAUAUGGAUCCGCCUCCCAGUGAGAAGAACUUUGUCUUCCUUUUCGUUCCCGACGACAUGAGAAUAUGGUACAAUCAACUGGCCGAAGGAUCGCAACCUACCACCUUCUCUGAACUAGCGGAUGCAGUAGAUAAACACUAUAUGAUCUCCGUUAAUAAUGAGGAUACCUUUGGUAGGCUCAAGCAAGGUGAUCUCACAGUGCUAGAGUUUGCCGACAAGUUCUACACGUUACUUCCGGCAAGAUACAACGAUGACAUGAAGCAGACAGUCACAACGUUUGUGUCGAAACUAAGAGAUGACCUUCGUGACCUCUUUGUUACUACCAACUGGCAGGACAAAAAACUAACCGCUGUCAUUGAUAUUGCCUACAAUCUGGAGCACAACAACAACACUCAACAUCAAAACAACACUACUACUACUACUACUACUUUAAAUAAUAAUAAUAAUAAAUAUAUUAAUAAUGAUAACUAUAAUAACUGUGUUAAACAUCGCAGUAAUGAUGAAAACAACAACAAUAACAACAACAGCCAGAAUAAUUACAAUUAUAAUUACGAUUACAAUAACCAUAACAAUAGUUAUAACUAUGAUAAUAACAACAACUACAACAUUUACAAUAACAACAAUAAUCAGAACAAUAAUAUUGUUCGAAAAAGAAACAACAAAUAUGACAGUAAGAACAUGACUGUUCCAAUUAUAUAG